CCUCACAUGAUGGGAGUGUGACUGGGGUUCGGGCACGAGGUAGCGGUGAUGGCCCUGAGCAGAGUCCGCCUGUUCCAGCCCCACGGGGAGGGCACCCGGCUGCUGCCCCAGGCAUCCAGGCUGGUGGAGCUGCCCUACUCCUCCUUUGAUGACGAUGAUGCUGAUGACGAUGGCCACUCACUGCCCAGGCUCACGGCUGAGCAGGACUCUGGGGCGUGGUACCCCGGCCCCCCCAAAGUGAGCCCCUUCAGCCACUGCGUGCGCUACCUGGCCUUCCUCUGGAACCUCCUCUUCCUCCUGCUGGGGCUGCUGAUCCUUGCUGUGGGGGUCUGGGGGCUGCUGGCCAAGAACCCCCUGCCCGGGGGGGAGCGUGGGGUGCCCCUGGGCUCGGACCCCAUGCUGCUGUUUGUGCUGGCGGGGCUGGCGGCCAGCGCCGUGUCCCUGGCCGGCUGCCUGGGCACCUUCCGUGCCAGCCCCUGCCUGCUGCGCUUCUUCCUGGGUGCUGUGCUGGCUUUCGGGGGGCUGGAGCUGCUGGGGGGGCUCCUGCUGCUGCUGGCGCGGCGGCGGCUGCGGGACGCGCUGCGGGACCUCCUGCUCCUGUGCCUCCUGCGCUACCAGGAGGAUCCCGACCUGCAGUUCCUGGUGGAUGAGGUGCAGCGGAGCCUCCAGUGCUGCGGCCUCGAGUCCUACCGCGACUGGGAGAGCAACCUGUACUUCAACUGCAGCGCCCCAGGGGCGCAGGCGUGCGGCGUCCCGGCCUCCUGCUGCCAGGACCCGCUGGAGAACGGCUCCGUGCCCAACGCCCAGUGCGGGUUCGGGGUGCUGGGGCUGGCGGCAGCGGCGGCCGGGGCCGUGGUGCACCUGGGGGGCUGCGGGGCCGCGCUGGGCUCGUGGCUGCGGGGCCAGGCCGGGGCCAUUGCCGCCGGUGCCACCGCCCUGGUGCUGGUGGAGGCCGUGGGAGCGCUCAUGGCACUCAGGGUGCUCAGGGAUAUCACGGCUGUGAGGGUGUGGGAGUGAGGGCACCGGGAAAUUGGGAUAUGCAGGAGGCUGGUCUGGUCCCAAAUAAACCUUGUCAAAAUCCUGAA